AUGUUCUUUUUCUUUUCUCUUCUCCUGUCAUUCGCGGUUAUCACGAGCGCGGCGCCAGUAUUAGAGGCUCGCGCUUCGCGGACCUCACCUCCUUCGGGCUGCCUGACUGUCGGCAGCUCGGGCAAAUACAAAACCGUGCAGGCCGCUGUCGACGCCCUCAGCACGACCACCACUACAACUCAAUGCAUCUUCAUCUACGGGGGCACCUACAGGGAACAGGUCUACAUCCCGGCCCUCAAGUCCUCCCUGACCAUCUACGGCGAGACAACAGACACAUCUACAUACAAGUCCAAUACUGUGACCAUCACCCAGGGAAAGUCCCAGGAUGACUCGCCCAAUAAUGACCAGACCGCUACCCUUCGGGCGCACACUCCUAACCUGAAUGUCUACAAUAUCAACUUUGUCAACACCCGCGGCAAGGGCUCGCAAGCCCUUGCUCUGUCGGCGCAGAAGGACAAGCAGGGUUUCUACGGCUGCCAGUUCAAGGGUUACCAGGACACCAUCCUCGCGAACGAGGGCGCCCAAAUCUAUGCUAAAUCCUAUAUCGAAGGCGCGACAGACUUCAUAUUUGGCCAGCGCGGCCGUGCCUGGUUCGAAAAGUGCGACAUCCGUGUGCUGGCCGCCAGCGUUGGCUACAUCACUGCCAACGGCCGCGACUCGUCCAGCAACCCGAGCUACUAUGUCAUCAAUAACUCGAACAUUGCCGCCAAAAGCGGUGACUCGGUCAAGGCUGGCGCGUACUACCUUGGUCGGCCGUGGAGGAACUAUGCUCGCGUGGUGUUCCAGAAGACGAGCAUGUCAAAUGUCAUUAAUGCGGCUGGUUGGAAGGAGUGGAACACUGGCGACCCUCGGACAGAUCAUGUUGAGUUCGCUGAGUAUGGGAACAGCGGUGACGGGUCUAAGGGUACAAGGGCCAGCUUCUCGAAGAAGCUUUCGUCUGCGGUUAGUAUCUCGACUGUGCUUGGCAGCGAUUACGAGAACUGGGUUGAUGCUAGCUACCUCUCUUGA